AGGACAUGCAGGUGGCGAGCGGGCUGCCGUUCCGCCUGCUGGACGUCGAGUACCUUGGCGGCCUCAUGGACCUCACGGGGGAGGUCGGGCGCCAGGCCAUCCGCAGCGCGGGGCGCGGCAGGAGCUCCCGGGCCGGCGUCGAGACGUGCCUCGCCUGCGUGGACGCGGUCUACAACGGGCUGCAGGAGCUUCCUUAUCUUCCAGGACGCCUGACGAAGAAGAUGGGGACAUUGAGGUCAACCAUGUCGAAGAUCGAGGGCGCCCUGUACGAGCUCGCGCUGCUCUCCGAGGGCUUCAGCGCCCCGCGCGGGGGCGGCGUCGAGGAGGACGCCUUGGGCGAGAGCGACGGCGACUGACGGGCGGCUCUCCCGCUCGCCGCCGUGCGGCGGCGGCGGCGGCAA